UUCAGUACCUCCAGCUGUAGGGUAUGUCUCUCUGUUUCGUUUGGUAUAAGAGAAAGCAAGGUGGAACAAAGUUAAAAGAGAAUUUGCAGAGCGCUCAGUCUUAGCUUUACUAGUUUUAGUACUUCCCACCGCCGCGCCGCUCCCCACCUCAAACAAAAUCCAGGUUUCGAACACAGACACACACAGAGAGAGAGAGAGAGAGAGAGAGAGGAAAAGUCGAGAGAGAGACAGAGAGAAAUAAUGCCUGGGAGUUUAGAGCAGUUGGAUUUGGGCGUUCAGAUUCCAUAUCACUUCAGGUGUCCGAUCUCACUCGAGCUCAUGCGUGACCCCGUUACUGUUCGUACCGGUCAGACCUACGACCGUUCCAGCAUCGAGUCUUGGGUUGCCACCGGUAACACGACCUGCCCCGUCACCCGAGCCCCGCUCACGGACUUUACUCUUAUCCCUAACCACACCCUCCGUCGCCUCAUCCAAGACUGGUGCGUCGCCAACCGCUCUUUCGGUAUUGAGCGAAUCCCCACUCCGAAGCAACCCGCCGACCCGGCUCUCGUUCGCUCGCUGCUUAACCAAGCAUCUUCCAUCUCGAACCCUGCCCAGUCCCGUCUCUCGGCCCUGCGUCGACUCAGGGGACUCUUCCGUGAUUCGGACAAGAACCGCUCCGUCAUCUCAUCUCUCAACGCACGCGAAAUCCUUAUAGAAAUCGUAUUCUCAGGUACGGAUUCCGAGUCUCUCGAGUUGAACCAUGAGGCGCUCGCGCUGCUUGUCAUGUUUCCGCUUACCGAAUCGGAGUGCGAGUCGGUGGUCUCGAACGGCGACCGAGUCGCCUUCCUAUCACACCUGCUAUUCCAUUCCUCCAUCGAAGUCCGAGUGAAUUCGACCGCACUCAUCGAAAUCGUCGUGGCUGGAACUCGGUCUCCGGAACUCCGAGCUCAAGUCAGCAAUGUGGACGAAAUCUUCGAAGGAGUGAUAGAAAUCAUGAAGAAUCCCAUCGCUUCUUAUCCGCGAGCGCUGAAGGUUGGAGUGAAGGCCUUGUUCGCCUUGUGCCUGGUGAAGCAAGCCAGGCAGAAGGUCGUCUCAGCCGGAGCGGCCGAGAUUCUAAUCGACCGGUUGCCAGAUUUCGAGAAGUGUGACGCGGAGCGAGCGCUUGCCACCGUCGAGCUGCUCUGUCGGGUGCCGGAAGGAUGCGCGGCGUUCGCAGCUCAUGCACUUACCGUACCUUUGCUCGUAAAGAUAAUCCUCAAGAUCUCGGACCGCGCGACGGAGUACGCAGCGGGAGCGCUUCUCUCUCUCUGCUCCGCUUCGGAGCAGAGCCAGAGGGACGCGGUGGCUGCUGGAGUGCUGACUCAGCUACUAUUGCUGGUGCAGAGUGACUGCACGGACCGGGCCAAGAGGAAGGCCCAACUAUUGUUAAAGCUUCUCCGGGAUUCGUGGCCUGAAGAUUCCAUCGGAAACUCUGACGAUUUUGCUUGCAGUGAGAUUGUGAUACCGUCCUACUGAUGCGCUUAUGUCAUGAUGAUGGUGACGAUGAUUCUUCAUUGCACUCUCAAUUUUUCUUAUUUUUAGAUUUGAAAAGUAAAGAAAAGAAAAUUGAGGUUUAGAUUGAUGUAUAGAGAAUUGUAAUUUUCUGUAUGUAAGAAUUUUUGUUGAAAAGUUUCUUUUAAGAAAAGUUGGAAAGCAAAUGAAAAGAUAGAGAUCUGUUCUUGUU